AUGCCACCACAACCCUCACCAAACCAACCCCCUCCCCCGGAAACCCCUAAAACCCAAGCCCCAACCUCAUCCCUAGAACCGAAAAGAAAACCUCGAGAAAACAAAACAGAAGCACAGAAACUAGCACGUCAUGAAGUGCGCCGUAAAAUACGGAGGGAAAGAGAAAAAGAAAGGGGAUUAAAUAAUCUUCCUAAUCACGAGACUGAAUCUGAUACUGAGGAAUGGAGAAGACGAGGUAGAGCGAGAGCGGCGGGAAAAAGGGAUGGAAAGGAUGAGAGAGGUGAGAAAGAAGAAAAACGAGGAAUUCUGCAGAAAAGCCGGCAGAGUAUUGGGAGCAAAAUUAUGGCGUUGGGACAGAAGGUUGCUGGUGGUGAAAGCGGAGGUGGAGUUGGAACUAGGAGCGGAGUUGUGGGGAAAGGUAUUCUAUAUCCUAAGGGUGAUGAGAAGGGGAGGGAGAAAGGAGGUAGGAUUGAUCGUUAUGGCGGGGAUGAGCCACAUAGGAGGAGAAGAGUAAGACGCAGUACCGUGGGAGAGGAAACGGAUGGUAAAGAACGAGAUAGCAUUUCCGGGGAGAAGCUAGUUCGAUCUGAUUAUCAAGAAUCUGCUCUACGGGUGCCUGAGCCUAGGAAUAAUCAUAGGGAGAAAGAAGCUCGAGACUCUCCUCCUCGUUUAGACAAUACUCCAGCAAAACCAGUACCGUUACCAUCACCAUCACCUUCUCCGGCAGUAAAAGAGCUAAAAGAUACUGAUUCAAAACGCCUCGGGAAAGAAGGAGAAGAACUCCGCCUCUGCGAAGCAAAACAACAACAAAUAGCCAAACGAGCUCGGGAAGAACGCGAAAGAGCACAACAAGAGACAAAUAAACAAGCUCUCCGAGUCCAAGCCCUCGAAGCCCAGGGAGUGAAAAGGGAAAAAGAGGAAAAUGAUCGUGCUGUAAAAGAGAAAUUAGCAUUGGAGAAAGAAAAAGAAAAACAACGGAAAAAUAACCACCACCUAGAACUUACUCUUAAAGCCAAAGAAGAACACCCCGCUCAUCUCAAGCAAGUUGAGCUAGAUACCCAGCACCAAGCUAUCGCUCACCGUAUCAAGAGACAGAAGGAAGAAGCGCGUCUAGCACAGCAAAAGGCAGCACUUCUUCAAGCCGAAACCAUUCGUCUUGAAAAAAUCAAACGGGAAAAAGAACAAGAACAAGAACAGGCAAGAGAAAUUUCUCGAAAGAAAGAAGAAGAAGAACGAUUAGCGCGAGAAAACCAACGACGGAUCGAAGCGCAACGACAUUUAGAGAUGCAACGUAGAGCACUCGAGUUUGAGAAAGUUAGACGAGAAUUAGAGAAAGAAGCAGAGAAGCAGAGAGAGAAAGAACAAGCACGCAAAAGAGCAGAAACAGAACGUCUAGCUCUCGAAAAACAACGCGUUAAAGCCCAAGCUAUCAAAGCCGAAGCAGAAAAAGCAGUCUGUUAUAAAGCAGACGAAGAGAAAAAACACCAAGAGCGUCUGCGCAAACAAGCUGAAGCGGCUAAGUUAGACGCUGCUCGGAUCCGCGCAAAUGCACCUGCUAAUUAUACGCCUGCUGCUAUGAAAGUAGCGGCUUUACUUGCUCAGAAACAAGUACAAAUACAAAUACAAAACCCAAACCCAAACCCAAGCCCACCUUCCCCUAACAACAAUAACAACAACAAAGACGCCGCUCUCCUCUCCCCCCUCAUCCCCGCACAACCACAAAAUAAAGCAGCAGCAAAACCAGCCCCAGCAAAACCAGCAAAACUAACCCACCAAAACCUCAAUCUCAAUCCAUCUCCUCAACCUGAACCUCACCCUCAACCCAAAAAAUGCAUAGGAAACAUGGAACGAACGAUUCUCGAAGGCUAUGUACCGAUGAACGCGGAAGAGAUACGUGCAAAGGAGGUUGAGAGGGGUGAGAGAAGAGAAAAGAGAUGUAUAGGGAAUAUGGAGCGGACGAUUUUAGAGGGUUAUGUACCGAUGAGUGAGGAGGAGAUGAGGAUGGGGAAGAGGGGGUGA